AAAUAAGGAAAAUAUUUUGAAGGGAUUUUACAGAGAAAAUGGGAGACUGCAGACCAUUGGGGUUCCUACUGGGGCUCCCUUUUGCCCUUGUUGCAGUGGUUUUGUCUGUCGUUGGUGCUGUUAUCUGGGUUCUUGGGACUAUAUUAAGCUGCCUAUGCCCUUGUUGCAUAUGCUGUGCUGGACUUGCCAACUUUGCCAUGGAUCUUAUCAAGCUUCCUGUUAAAGUACUUAGAUGGUUUAUUGAUCAAAUACCCUGUUGAUGUUGCUUCUAUUUCUGAUACGUCUUGAACAGAUUCUUUUUUUAUUGUAAGUUUUUUUCCUGUGAUCGAUCUUAGAGAAAUUAGCAUUUUUGGUUUUGAUAUAGUUUGAUUUUUAGUAUAUUAUCAGAAAAUGUGAUUUCCUCUAAACCGUAUGAAUGCCAUUGAUUGCAUUUAUUACUCUUGGACGAAUAAUAACUUUCAGCAUUGAUUCUUGAUUACAAA